CAGCCGAGAGAGAGAGAGAGAGAGAGAGAGAGAGAUUCUUAGCCCUCAUGAUGGCGUCUCACCGAGUCAGGAUGGGGUUUUUCCGCCGCCUCCUGUGUCGGAAUUCAUCAGGCGACGUUACGUGUGGAAUUUCUGCGGCGAAGACGCCACGCUACGUGCAGUAGGCGACGACAUGAAGGACGAGGAGAAAAGCGCCGAGCGAAAAAGCGGCGCCGGUGCUGAUGUGGACGAGGGCCGGGGCGGCGCGGGGACGUGGCCGAGUCCUGGGCUCCACGGAGCGGCGUCGAACCGAGCGGCGAGCCGAGGAGGAGGUGGAGGAGGAGGAGGAAGCGCCGCUGCUGCUGCUUCUGCUCCUUCUUCUGCUCCGUCUUCUGCUGCUGCGGGGAUCCGGGUUUUAAAGCGUAACAUGAAGCGGAAUGGCAGCCGGGCCUGUGUGACCAGGAAAACUCGCUUCGGCUCCCGUGAGAGGGACUGGCUGAAGGGCGACGCCCAGCGAGGGUGUGUGUGUCUUUAUGGAGCCACCGAGGUCGUGACCCCAGGACCCCAGACCUCGUCUACGACCCAGUCCGACCUCAGACUGGUGCUCUGCUCCACCAGCACCACGGUGGAAGAGCUGUGUGCUCAGCGUCAUGCCCAGGGCCUUUACCUGCAGCUGCACGGAGACCUGAUCAGGAGGCUGGACCCGUCCGAGCGUCCUCUUCAGAUGGUGUACGAUUAUCUGACCACGAUGGGCUACGACGAUCCUGUGCGUGUCCAGCAGGAAGCGGCGAACUCCGACCUCAGCUGCAUGAUCCGCUUCUACACCGAGCAUCCCGUGAACGCUGACCAGCAGGACCGGACCCUCCUGAAAGGCGUGUUUAACGUGCGUAAAGGCAAGACACAGCUCCACAAGUGGGCGGAGCGACAGGUGAUCCUGUGCGGCACGUGUCUCAUCGUGGCGUCCGUGAAGGACAGUUUGACCGGGAAGAUGCACAUCCUGCCUCUGGUUGGGGGGAAGGUGGAGGAAGUAAAGAGGAGGCAGCACUGCCUGAUGUUCAGCUCGGCCGGACCUCAGGCUCACACCUACUACGUCAACUUCGACACACUGGCUGAGUAUCAGCGCUGGCAUCGGCAGGCCUCGAAGGUGGUGUCUCAGACCAUCAGCUUGGUGGAUUUAUCCUGCUACAGUCUGGAGGAGGUUCCUGAGUAUCUCUUCUACAGCCAGGAUGUCACACACCUCAACCUGCGCCACAACUUCAUCAGUCUCGAGGGUCCCGGAGGUCUUUGCAACUUUAACAGAUUCACUCAGCUGAAGAGUCUCAACCUGUCGCACAACCGGCUGGGCAUGUUUCCCGAGGCCGUGUGUGAAAUCCCGAGUCUCUCCGAGCUCAACCUGUCCUGUAACGGACUCGACUCCGUGCCCGCCCGCAUCGGCAACCUCCAGAGCCUGCAGACUCUCUCUCUGGACGGGAAUCACUUGAGCUCUCUGCCUGAUGAGUUGGGGGAUCUGGCGCAGCUCUGCAGUCUCGGGCUCUCCUUCAACACGUUCCCUCACAUCCCUGCCGUGCUGGAGAGGCUCAGCGCUGUGGACCGGCUGCUCAUGUCCGGGAACCGAGUGGAAGCCUUGGAGCUGAGCAGACUGCUGAGGAUGAGUCACGUCAAGAACAUCGACUUACGUCUAAACAGACUCUGCAGCGUGAAAAGCGAGACUCUGGAGCCCAUAAAGCAGCUCGUCCAGCUGGACCUGAGGGACAACCGGCUGACCGAACUGGACCUGAGCGCCGCCUGUAACCUGGACACUCUGCACUGCGAACGCAACCAGCUGGAGGCGCUCACGCUCAGCGGCUUCAUGCUACGUAGUCUGUAUGCCAGCAACAAUCGUUUAGCUACAAUCAGCAUCUAUCCGGUUCCUAAUCAGCUGACGCACAUGGACGUGUCCGGGAAUGUUAUGGAGUGUCUGCCUGACUGGGUGUGUGACAGCAGAAAGCUUGAGGUGCUGGACGUCUCCCACAAUCUGCUGUUGGAGCUGCCGGCCAGGCUGCUCAGUGGUCUGAGUCUGAGGAAGCUGCUGCUGGGCAGUAACUCCUUACAGCGAGUGCCUGAGUUCCUCGAUCACAUCCCUCUGGAAACCCUGGACCUGCAGCACAACAAACUCACUGAGCUCCCAGAGAGCUUCUUCUCCAAGGCCUUAAAUUUAAAAUACCUGAACGUGUCCGCCAACGCGCUGGAGACAAUCCCACCGAGUAGCCAAACCGAGGAGAGCCUCAGCACGCUCCAGGAGCUCUACCUCACCGGGAACAACCUGAACGAGAACUGCGCCGCCCUGCUGGUGGGACACCAGAAUCUGCGGGUUUUACACGUGGCCUAUAAUCAGCUGCUGUCUUUCCCAGCAAGUAAGCUGAGCAAGCUGGAGCUGCUGGAGGAGCUGAAUGUGAGCGGGAACAAGCUGAAGAGCGUCCCGUCCACCGUGUCCAGCUGUAAGAGACUUCACACCCUCAUCUCACACUCCAACCACAUCAGCGUCUUCCCCGAGGUCCUCAACCUGCCCGAGAUAAAGCUGGUAGACGUCAGCUGUAAUGAGCUCACCGAGAUCCUGGUGCCUGAUUUGGUCCCGGCUACGCUGCAGGAACUGGACCUGAGUGGGAACAGCAGUCUGAUGCUGGAACACAAAACCCUCAACCUGUUCAGUCAUAUAACCACUCUGAAGCUGGACCAGAAGCCGUCUCUGAGCGUGACGGACUCGCAGGGCUCGUGUCUUCUCUGGGAUCACGGCUAUGCCGAGAUGAGCGGCCAGAGAAACAAGUUGUGUGUGUCGGUGCUGGCCAUGGAUCGUUUCGGGGACGGCGCGGAAGCGGUUUACGGGAUUUUUGAUGGCGACCGGAAUGAGGAAGUGCCGCGGUUGCUGCAGUGCACCAUGGGAGACGUGCUGGCUGAAGAGCUCCAGCACAGCAGCGUGGACAACGUGUACAUGUGCAACACUUUCCUCACCUCACACAGAAAGCUGGGAAUGGCUGGACAGAAGCUCGGGGCUUCGGCUCUCCUGUGCUACAUACACCACGAGUCCUCUGAGUCGAGCAGCUACUUCAGCCUGACCGUAGCCAACGUAGGAACCUGCCAGGCUGUCCUAUGUCGCGACGGUCAUCCGUUGGCACUGUCCAAAGUCCUUAGCCUGGAGCAGAGUGCUGAGGAGAUGGAGAGGGUCAAAACAGCCAAGGCAAUCAUCACUGAGGAUAACAAGGUCAGUGGAGUUACAUGCUGCUCUCGCCUGUUGGGAUGCUCUUAUCUAUUCCCCUGGGUCCUUCCUAAGCCCUGGGUACGAACUGAACCCCUUUGCACUCAGGAUGAGUUCCUGAUCUUGGGCAACAGGGCACUUUUCCAACAUCUGUCUUACCAAGAAGCAGUGACAACCGUGCUGGCUGUCCGGGACCCUCGAGCCGCUGCCAAAAAACUCUGCACGCUUGCCCAGAGCUAUGGGUGCAAAGACAAUGUUGGGGCAGUAGUUGUUGCCCUGCGUAUUGGCGAGGACAGUUGUACCUGUGAGCCUCCGCUCUCCUCGGAGGUCCGAGGAGCCCCUGUACCUACCCCCAUUCCCAUAUCUGUGCCACUUCUUGAUCCAUCCACUCCUUCAUCAAGUAGUGGCAUUGCCUCUGAAUUCAACAGUGAGACAUCUGCUUCUGAGGUGGGAAGUGAGGCUGGAUCCACAGCAUCUGAUGAACAAACUUCUUCGGGUCCAAAUGCCCGACCUGACCGUCGCUGCAGCUUACAUCCAGCUGCCACGUUUUGCAACACUGGAGGUCCUGGAAGUCUAGGAGCUGGAACUCAUCCUGCUCUGUUCCAGCGCCAACCAUCCUCUGCAACAUUUUCCAGUAACCAGUCUGACAACGGUCUAGACAGUGAUGACGAAGUUCCACUGGAAGGCGUCAUUUCCAACGGGAGUAAGUUGGAGGUUGAGGUGGACAUCCACUGCUGCGCUUUCCAGCUUCGCUCUGGGCGUCCAGAAAGCCCCAAGGAUCUGGAUCUCCGUGGGUCUGACUACACCAACAGCAAGAUGCGACGUCAGAACAGUGUGGUGGUGUCAACUGCUAAUGGCUGCCUUCUUGCUGUUUGUGGCCGAGAGAUCUCAGACCUCAAGAAAUCUCCCUCAACGUCCAGUCUGUUUGGGAAGAAGCUGUCUAAUGGUUCUGUUGUGGCACCUGAGGACAGUCAUAACAUCAUCGAGGUAGCACUGGAAGCACCGAAGAAGAAAUCUGGUUACUUUGCCGCACCUGCCCAACAAGAUCCUGAGGAUCAAUUGAUCAUACCUCCGAGUCUUGAACAAGAUGUACGGGAGCAGCUGAGGAGUCAAAAUCCCGUGGUUUCUGGUCCUCCGCCACCCUUAACACCUCCCACGAACAGAGACUCAAACUGGGAUCACCCUCACCCUGGUCUCCCUCCUGCUACCUUCCAACAGGAGGUUUAUGACACUGCUCUGUAGAGCGUACUACCCGCGAUGACCUAGUGCCAUAUUGUUGAGGUGGAUGUGGUUCAUUUUGCUGUGAUUUUCCCUGGUUCUUUAUUCAGCUCUAUCAUUGUGUGAAGACCUGCAUGUGCUUAAAUGGUGACAUUCCACUUACCUGGAGCGGUCUCUGUUGAAUCUGAGGAGUGGAACAUUUUGACAGAAAAUGCACAAAUUUCAUGACUAGUAAAACAAAAUCUUGAAAGAUGGCUGUCUAUCAGAAACCACGACGUGAACUAAAAUACCUCAUAUACAACCUUGCAUAACUAAUGAGCUACAUAGCCCUUUAUGACAUCAUUUGGCAGAAAGGUUCUUCGGGAUUAAACCAUGACCAAAAGGUAAGAAAAGUGCCUAUUACAGAUGGUUCCGGCUCUCCAGGUCCUCCGUUGGUCUGGUGUGCUUUCACUGUUACCUAGAAAUUUUUUUUCUGCCUAAAACAAUCAACUCGACCAUUUUUAGUUGAAGUAUGAUUGGGAACGUUCAGCUUUCUUCCUCAUGUCUGGUGGAGUGCAGAUCGCAGGGCAGACUACUAAAGCCAUGAGAAGGAUGGCACACACUGUUUGGCUUCCUACAGCCUUUCUGGAACCUUCUGCACAAAAUAUGCACCGCACACCACAUCCUCCCGGUGUGGAAAUCGGUAGUAGUGGAGUUUCUUGCCAAGAUAGUGACUCAGAAGAGGAACUAAAUCAAACCUGAUAUCUCUUAUCAUUUCAUGAUGCAUCUGAGUUGCGGUCGGCCAAUCAGAAAGAGACCCUUAUUAAACAUAACUGGCUGAAAUCACGACUUAAUUGCGAGUCAUUAGGAGUACUUGAAGCGUGCCAUUAGAGACUGAAUUAUAAAAGCACUCAUGCCUAAAGCUUUUAAGGCUUAAAUACUGUACAUACUUGGUCUUUGCACUAAAAGUGCUGCAAAGUAACACUGGUACUGAUAGAGCAUGAAUAGGGUAUUUUUCAUCCUAUAUCUGAAACCGCUAAGCUAAUUAUUUACAACAAAAUUACAUUAUAUCCAUAUGUUCUCCUGAGUGGAGUUACAUCUGUUCACAACACCUGAUUUCACCUGAUUUAUAAUGGGAUUGUUCUUGCCCCAUACCUUGGUAUGUUGAAUUUUUUUCUUUGAGUCAACAAUGAAGAUGAAUCGAUGCAGUGGAUGCCUUCGCAAUGUGAUUAAGCUUCCUGUCAACGUAACAUGCACUUAUUUGUGGUAUAGAUGACUUUUGGAGAUUUCUGGUCAACUCAAGGGUUACUCAAAGACCAGACAUGAUCAUUGAUAAGAAUACAUGAUUGGAGACUAAAUACUGCUAUUGUCUUUAAAUACUUGAGCACAAAUCAGGCCACGCCCACAAAACCUGCCCGAAUUCCCGAGAUUGUUUAACUGAACCAUUUCCAAGUCUUCUUUGGCGACCUUUCAGCCUUCCUGGUAUACAUCCAUGGUACCUAGGACUGUAACAAGGCUCACAAUUUUAAUGAAGUUCUCAGAUGAAAAUGUGUCAUAGUUUUAGAAAUAAAUCACAGUACUGAAUGUGCACUACAUCUAUUGCUAAAUUCUCAUCUCUGAUUCCAGUAGAAUUUAUUAUAUUAACUAUUUUUGCUUAACAAAUUCAUUUACAAUUACAACGCCACUUUAUACAAUUAUGAUUUACCUAUUUAUCUCAUAGCUGUUAGCAUGUUAGAUAUUAGCUAAUUAUGCACAAUACUGCCAAAAGUAAGUCCACCCCUGACCAUCACACUCAUAAGUAAUUUUUCACAAAGUAGUUUAGUUUUACAGUUCAUUGGAACUAAGAAGCUCAGACACUGUUCCAGCAUGGCAAUGCUCCUGUGCACAAAGCACAGAGCUCCAUGAAGACUCCUUGAGACAGUGGAAUUAUUUCCUUUGCAUAUACCAGCUAAGGAAGUUGGGGUCAGAGCACAGGGGCAGCUAUGCUACAAUGCCCCUGGAGCAGAGAGGGUUAAGGGCCUUGCUCAAUUCCCCAGCAGUGGCAGCUUGGCAUUGCUAGGGCUUGAACCCCGAUCUUCCGAUCAACAUCCCAGAGCCUUAACCACUUGAGCUACCACCGCCCAGGGGUGGAACUUAAGAUUGGACUGGAAGAACCUUAAUGUCCUACACUGAUCCCUGACGCUGACUCAACCCCACUGAACACUUUUGGGAUAAACUGGAACACCGACUGCACUCCAGACCUCCUUGGGAAUGUCAGCUCAAUGGUUAAGGGGUUGGACUACUGAUCGGAAGGUUGUGAGUUCAAAUCCCAGAACCACUAAGCUGCCACUGGGAUGAACUGGAAAACCGACUGCACUCCAGACCUUGUUGGGAAGUGAUAGCUCAGUCGUUAAAGUCCAGCUACUGAUCGGAAGGAUGUAAGUUCAAAUCCUGGGACCACCAUGCAGCCACUGCUGUGCCCCUGAGUAAGGACUUUAAUCCUUAGUUGUAUAAAUGAGAUAAAUGUUAAUUGCUCGGGAUAAGGGCAUCUGCCAAAUGUCGUAAUUGUGAUGCUCUUGUGAUGGAAAUCCCCAAAGCAAUCUUUCAACAUCUAGUGGAAAGAUUAUUCUAAAAGCAAAGGUGAAUGAAUGUGGAAUGUUCAGCAAGCACUAAUGGGUGUGAUAAUCAGGUAUGCACAAAUACUUGGCCACAUAGUGUAUGACUGAUUCAUACCUCUCGAGAAGAAACAAAAAAAAACAAAACCAUAGUUUGUCCUCAUAGCCCGUUAUGACCAUAGGAGCAUAUGGUAUCAAGGUCAUCUUCAUGAGGUUUUUUCCACUACAUCCCCACCCACUUUCUCAAACAGAUGUUCAGGCUAGAAUCUGCAGAUUUCUGUGUAUUCUUGUUAGAGAUCACCUCUGACCUUUAUGAAAUUUAGCUAGCAGUUAAAAUACAUACAAAUGCAGAAGAAAGGAAGAACUGAAGCCCAUCAACCAAGAGGACAUAAGAUGUCCUUGCAGGCUUAGUGUCACAGGAGGUUUUCUAUCCUUUCUAUCUGCCAAACAUGGUGUUAGUGUGAUCUCUGGUCCUGGAUGCAGGGGUGCCAACAUUUAUGCUUAAGCCAGAUUUAUUUAUUUUCGAUCUUUUGCUACAGACACCAGAAAACGACGCUUUUUUGCUAAACAGAGGGUGAAUAAAAUUCCCCUGGUGGAAAAACCCCUUCACUGAAAGGGAAAGGAUGCGUGACAUGAGUGACGUUUUUAUCAGUUCUCAUCUGGAUUAACUCUGACACAGGAAUUUGCAAAACCUUUAAGAGAUUUAAGAGAGAGCUAUGAGAGAGGGACAGCACGGGGUCUUAGUGGGGUCUUGCCUCACAGCAAGAAGGUCCUGGGUUUGAAUCCCGGGUUUGAACAGGCAGGGGCCUUUCUGUGUGGAGUUUGCAUGUUCUCCCUGUGCCUGCGUGGGUUUAGUCCGGUUUCCUCCCACAGUCCAAAAACAUGUACAUUAGGUUGAUUGGUAAUUCUAAAUUGCCCAUAGUAGUGAGUGUGAGUGUGUGUGGUUGUCUGUCUAUAUGUGUGACCCUGUGAUGGACUGGUGACCUGUCCAGGGUGUACCCCUGCCUUUCACCCAAUGUGUGCAGGGAUAGGCUCCAGCAGAUCCCCGUGACCCUAAUUAGGAAUAAAGCGGAUAUAGACAAUUGAUGGAUGGAUGGUCCAGAAUGCACACUGGACAUUGACACUUUUGUAAUAUUUAUAUGAUGUAAUCUUUACACUCAUCAGGAUGCGAAUGAAUCCAAUCAUUUCAGCAGAGUUAAAUAUCAAUUUAACUAAAAUACAUUUUUUCAUCAAUUAAGCCGUUAGCAUGGAGCCGUCCCUUCCUCCGAGCUAUGCUAGUCUUUUUUCUGCUGCUAAGAUUAUCUUGUUAGCGAUGUUGGCACUUCUGAUGAACCUGUUAUUCCACCAGAGUCACCUGGAGGUCAAGUUUAUUAAGAAGUAACAUUUUGCUUCUUAAUUCUUACUCAGUGGUCAUUUAUUCACUUAUCACUUGAAAAAUCCAGUAAAAUAUCCAAGCCAAAAAAUAAAUAAAAUAAAAUCCUGAAUUAUUGAUUUUUUUUUAGACUAUGAAUUGUUUUAAAUUUUUAUUUUAAUUUUUUACCACAUUUUUGGAUUUGGGUCAAAUUACAAAAAAGUGCUUUGCCAACACAAACAAAAAUUUAUUUUUUAUUUAUUUGUUUAUUUUAUUAUUAUUAUUAUUUUUAAAUCAACCAGCACAUGUUUACAUGCAAGUUGCCACUUUUGAGAAAAGUGCUGCCAAUAUUUUUGACCUCAAAGAUGAUUUUUUUCCCCCUCAGAAAAUCACAGAGUGACUAUCAAAUGAUUUAAAAAAAUAAAAAACAAUCAGGUCUUACACUGAGCUUGAAUAAAUAAAAAAACAAAAACAAAAAAAAAACCAUGGUGGACAAAGUGGUGGUGAAUCUUCUUUUUUUUGGCUUUUCCCUUCAGGGGUCUCCACAGUGAAUCAUCUCUCUCCACCUAUCCCUAUCUUCUGCCUCCUCAACACUUACACCCACUAGCUUCAUAUCCUCAUUUAUUCCAUCCACAAAGUGGUGGUGAAUAAAUAAAUAAAUAAAAAGAGUCUUGUUACUGAGCAAAUUUGAAGAGAUUUCCAAACUUUUCUAGACUGCACAAAUUUUAUUCAUUUUAUUUUAUCACUAUUUUAUCUUUAUUCCAUCUGCUUUAUUUAGAUUGAUAAAUAGAAUCUAGAGAGCGUCUCUUGUCUCUUUUACUUCAAACAAACCCAAAUCUCCUCAUGUUGGGCCAGAGGAGCUGUUUUAUUUUAUUUUUUAAGUGAAUUAUAGGAAAAGUUAUAUAUAUAUAUUAUUUAUAAUAUAUUAUAAAUUUAUAAAUAUUAUAUAUUAUAAUAUUUAUAAUAUAAAUAUUAUAUAUUUUUAAAAUAUAGAACUGAUUUUAUAAUAAUAAAAUAAUUUUACUAGAGAGAAUAAAUGACCACUGAUUAAUAUCAUGACCACUGAUGUGCAAAAGAAAUAAAAAUGUGUGAGUUUUCCCAGAGAGCAAAAAAGCCCGAUCCAAUCCAUCUCAACUACGGAAUUAUUUAAUUUCUACUUUAUUUGCCUGCUUGUAAGUAAUUCAUGAAUAAUAUUCAACUGCAAGACUGUAAGAUUGCUAAUGUCUUAUACCUAUUAUGUGUUUUAACCCUUUGAAUGUAUAUUUAAUUUUAAUCUUUAUUAAGGAAUUCUUAGACACUUUUUCCAGACGGAGGCGUGUUGUGGACAGACAGAGAUUUCGAAAGACUUUUGUUUGUUUGCCAUGUGACCAAAGUUCCAUCUCACUAUUAUUUCUGUACAUUUUAUUUUUUUUGUUUUUCUAGAGACACUUAUAUUUUCUCUCAAUGCCAAGAAGCCGAGGUUUAUUUUUAUACGUCAUUAUACGUCAUAUUCAUCAGUACCUCGUCUCCCCAUGGAAAUUUGACCCAAAUGUUCAAUGUAUUCAAUGUCAAAAGCAUGCCCUAUAUAAAUAACUACAUAUAAUUAAAAAAAAUAUAAAUAUAUAUGAACCGGUUACUUUGUACAAAAAAACAAUCUAUCAAUCUGUUUAUAAGAAUUGUUUGAAAUAUCCAAAGCCUAAUGUAUAUGAUAUUUUUAUGUUUUGUUUUGUUUUUUUAUUUAGCAUGCAGAAAUCUGCUGAAUAGUUUCUGUUCUAUAUUUAAUGUAAUGAGUUCUAAAGGCGAAAUGGUCAUCCUGUCCAUUUUAAGAGAAGGAUUAACGCAAGCACUUUUGCUGUUUCGUCAGCGAGACUUUAAACCUCUUCGGAUCCCGAGGGUGGGGGCGAUGGCUCAUUAUUUCAUUUGAGAUGCUGCUAUGACUAGUUUGGAGCAGAAAAAAAGCUGUAUUUUUAAUUACCUUUUCAGCCAAGUAGCAAUAAAGAUUUAUA